AUGGAGCUGAGAGUCCUUCUCCUGCUGCUGCUGCUGCUCUGCUUCCCAGGUCUCCAAGCCCAAACACUUGAUGCUGUGGAGAGCCGAUGGGAAGGAAGCACUCUGCACGUCCAGUGCCCUUACACAGCACAGGCUCUGUACGAGAAGAAAGUCUGGUGCCAAGUGAGAGAUGGGCAAUGUAUCCCCUUGGUGGAGACAAAUAACCAGGCCACAAGGGGGAAAGUUACAAUAGCAGAUAACCACAUGCUCAGGACUGUGUUCAUCACCAUGACUAACCUCCAGGUAGAGGACUCAGGCACGUACUACUGUGCUUACCGUUCCUACAGUUAUGGGUAUUUUCCACUAAAGGGAAUCUCACUGAACGUUUUCAAGGAGCUGCUCAAGUGGGAGCUGGACAGUCUCUCUGUGCAGUGCAAAUACAGCACCUCGGCGCAGAGCACAGACACAAAAGUCUGGUUGCGAAGAGGUCCGACUGCAUCUAAAAUCUUGUUGAGGACAGAUUACCCUCCCAAAUGGACCGGCAGCAAAGCCUUGAAAGACAGAGCCUUGAUCCAGGAUGACACCUGGAAAAAUACUGUCACCAUCACCAUGAAGAAGCUGCAGGCCCAGGACACCGGCACAUACUGGUGUGAACUCCACAGUGGGAUCCAACAAUACACAGCCAAGGAGUCAGGCAAUGUCUCCAUCCAGUGUCUGUACAGUGCCUCAGACUAUGGAACUGUGAGCAAAGCCUGGUGCAAAGAGGGAGCCAGAAAAUCUUGUGCUGCUGUACUGGUCCACACGAAUUCGAACUCCUCAGAGUACCCCAGGACAGCUCAGCAAGGCAGAGUUACAAUCCAGGACGACAUCCAGCAGGGGAUUGUCACCAUCACCAUGGAGAAUCUACAGGCGCAGGACUCCGGGGUGUACUGGUGUGCGCUUUAUGAACAGGAUCAGUUCUUCCGAAUGGUGGAGGUUACACUCAGUAUUCCUGAAGUAUCAGCUGGAACAACUUUGCCAGGUAUCGCAGGCACGAGUCAAGCAACCCCUUCUGGCAACACCCCAGCACCAAGCUCAAAUGCAAACACCUUCAUCCUGCUCUCUGGGAUCCUGAGCACCCUGUUCAUCCUGGCACUCAUCAGCUCCGUAAUGCUCUGCGUCAGGUGGCGCAAGCAGCUGAAGACAAGAGGUAACAGACAAGCAGAGGACAUCUACGAUGAAGCAGGGGACGUAGCACAGCUCAGCAGCACUGAAAGAAUAGAAAGUCCCAAGGAUGACAACAAAGACCUAAAAUAUGUUACCCUGAACUUUAAACCCCAACUUAGUCCUGAGGAUCCUCUCUACUGUAAUGUUGAACCAAGUCAGGCUCACAGGAAACCCAAAGAUGAAAACGUGGAAUAUUCUAUCAUUGCACUCAAGCACCUACCAAGGAAUGACAAAGAAUGA